AAGGAUAUUUGAGCGACGUUGGUGUCCCCCACCCGGAUGGCUUUUCUUGAAAGAAGGUGGGACAUCCGGUUGUAUAGCACUGAGGCCACCGCUGAAGGACACUUGUCUCACUCCGCUCUCGUCUCACUCCAGGGUUCACUCUUAAAGGACCAUUAAAACCACAGAAUGGGCGGACACGACACCGGAUCUCACCAGUUCACUGGCAUCGCCAAGUACUUCAACUCCUACACCAUCACAGGGAGGAGGAAUUGCGUACUCGCGACCUACGCCACCAUCGCCUCCCUCAUCCUCUUCUUCAAACUGAAGCCCAAGAAGCAGGCUGCCGUCACUGAGAAAUGAUGUUCCCCUCUGAGCGGUGGAUCGUCGCUGAGGGAGGAGGAGGAGGCGUCGUGAUGCGCUUGUAAUAAACUGUCUGUACCAUGUAAAAAAAUAUAACAAUAAACAUGUUUCAAAAAUUAUUAAAAA